AUCCCACCGAGAGAGAAGACUACUCGGUGGUCUCUCGUACCCGGCUUCAUUUGUCUCAAACACAAUACUCGGCAUGGCGUGGACAAAAUACCAACUGUUCCUCGCGGGACUUAUGCUAAUAACUGGCUCUAUUAACACACUGUCUGCCAAAUGGGCAGACACGUUCAGUGCGCAGGGUUGCAAUGGUGACCCUGAACAUGCUUUCGCGCACCCGUUUGUCCAGGCAGUGGGGAUGUUUUUGGGAGAAUUCAGCUGUCUGGGUGUCUUCUACAUCCUACUUUGCCAUGACCGGCGCAGGCCGGAACCCAGCAUGAACCCUGGCCAGAGUUUCAACCCUCUUCUUUUCUUCCCUCCCGCCAUGUGUGACAUGUUGGCUACUUCAACAAUGUAUGUCGCUCUCAACAUGACCAGUGCAUCCAGCUUCCAAAUGUUACGCGGAGCCGUCAUCAUCUUCACGGGUCUACUGUCUGUGGCGUUUCUCGGGCGCCGGCUGCUGCCCAGUCAAUGGAUUGGAAUUCUUGUCACCAUCCUAGGACUGGUGAUAGUGGGCCUCGCCGACUUCAUCAGUGGACAUCAUGAUGACACUCAUAAACUCAGUGAUGUCAUCACAGGCGACCUCCUGAUCAUUAUGGCUCAAGUAAUCGUGGCAGUGCAGAUGGUCCUAGAGGAAAAGUUUGUCUACAAGCAUGAUGUCCAUCCUCUGCGGGCUGUUGGAACUGAGGGUUUCUUUGGCUUUGUCGUUCUGUCACUGCUGCUCAUCCCCAUGUAUUUCAUCCACGUGGGCGAUUUCAGCGAUAACCCCCGACAGGUUCUGGAGGACGCUCUUGAUGCCUUCUGUCAAAUCGGAUAUCGCCCUCUUAUUUUACUGGCCCUGCUGGGCAACACGGUUAGCAUCGCUUUCUUCAACUUCGCCGGCAUCAGCGUCACCAAGGAGAUAAGCGCCACCACUCGCAUGGUGUUGGACAGCCUGCGAACGUUGGUCAUCUGGGCGGUGAGCCUGGCACUGGGCUGGGAGCAGUUCCUCGGACUGCAGGUGCUGGGGUUUUUGGUUCUGCUGGUCGGAACUGCGCUGUACAAUGGACUGCAUCGCCCCAUCCUGGCUAGAAUACCGUGCUGCGCUGCACUGGCAGCUGUAGAGGAGGAUAGCAGUGCAGCCGAAAGGGAGAGACUCCUGGGAGAUGGCAGGGUGCAGACACCUGACGAAAGCUAGAAAAAAGAAAAAAAAACUCAAUUUGCACAAGGGCAACAUCCUCAAGUUAAAACACUGUACCUUUUAAUGCAUUUUUUAUUAAGAGAUGGACUUUUAGCAAAGUACACUUUAUUAUUUUAUUCCAUGUUUUUCAGAUAACAUGGGAAGAACGGAUACCAUUUUUAAGAUCAUUCGGAUGUUUUAUGGUUUGUACUUGUGGGUCACAGCCUGUUUCUUAAUCUUUUUAAAAGGGUUUUUCUUUUUAAAAUAUAGUAAUUGUAUUUUUAAGUUGAUUUUAUUUUGUAGUUAUUUUUUUAUGCUGACUGAGUAAAGACUGCCAAAGUGUUGCCACACCCCUUGCCCUAAAAAAAGACUGAUUACCACCUUAAGGCACUACAAUACGUUGAACAUUGUCACCGUAGCUUUGAGUUAAAUAUUGAAUUUCUAUUAUCUUCUAUUACGGUGACCUCUCAAUGCUUGAUUUGGAGUGAGACUCCAACUGACUGAGCUCCUAGAUCAAGUUGUAUCGCGUUAACAUUUCACUUUGCUGUAACUGAAAAAAGGGAACUGCCAUUAAAUCACAUUUUCACAAAUCACAAUUUCAAGCGUACCCUGGGAAGAAUAUAGUGUUUCAACUUUUUAACUUUUUAAUUUUAAAAAAAAGUUUCCAAUUACCACCCCAGCAGCAGCUGACACCAGCCUGGCUUGCACAUCCUGAGUCAGCCCAACAUCCUCCCUGAGGACCCUUGUAAUGAUUUAAUGGUGGCCAAAGGUUAAACUAAAUAAUCCCUUGGGAUUUGUACACAUGGCCCUCAAACAGGAUGAAGGAAAAUGUGUUAAUCAGCCAUAUAGACACAGUGAUUUACGUGAUAUGUGGAAUAUAUGGACUACAGGCCCAAGAUAGCAGACAUUAAGAAGGUACAGUGGUAUGAAAAAGUAUCUGAACCUUUUGGAAUUUCCCACAUUUCUGCAUAAAAUCACCUUCAAAUGUGAUCUGAUCUUUUUCAAAAUCACACAGAUGAAAAAAAGUGUCUGCUUAAACUAAAACCACCCAAACAUUUAUAGGUUUUCAUAUUUUAAUGAGGAUCGUAUGCAAACAAUAACAGAAGGGGGGAAAAUAGGUAAGUGAACCAUCACAUUUUGGCCAAUCCAGAACGUGUAUUUUGUUCUUCUGAAACCAUUCUGAAGUUGAUUUACUUCUGUGUUUUGGAUCAUUGUCUUGUUGCAGCAUCCAUCCUCUUUUUAGCUUCAACUGUCCGGCAGACGGCCUCAGGUUUUCCUGCAAAACAUCCUGAUGAACUUUUUAAUUCAUCCUUCUAUUAAUGAUUGCAAGUUCUCCAGGUCCUGAGGAAGCAAAACAGCCCCAAAUCAUCAUGCUCCCUCCACCAUGCUUCACGGUGGGGAUGAGGUGUUGAUGUUGGUGAGCUUUUCCAUUUUUCCUCCACACAUGACGUUGUGUGUUACUCCCAAACAAUUCAACUUUGGUGUCAUCAGUCCACAAAAUAUUUUGCCAAAACUUGUGUCCAAGUGCCUUUUUGCUAACAUUAAACGAGCAACAAUGUUUUUAUUUGACAGCAGUGGCUUCCUCCGUUGAGUCCUCCCAUGAACACCAUUCUUAGCCAUAGUUUUACAUAUAGUUGAUGUGUGCACAGAGAUACUGGACUGUGCUAGUGAUUUCUGUAAGUCUUUAGCAGACACUCCAGGGUUCUUUUUUUACCUCUGAAUAUUCUGCGCUGAACUCUUGGCGUCAUCUUAGGUGGACGGCCUCUCCUUGGGAGAGAAGCUACAAUGCCAAACUCUCCAUUUCUAGAUAACUUCUAAACUCUCCAUUUGUAGAUAACUUCUCUGACUGUCGAUUGAUGAACAUCCAGACUUUUAGAGAUGGUUUUGUAUCCUUUCCCAGGUUUAUACAAAUCAACAAUUCUUGAUCGCAGGUCUACAGACAAUUCUUUUGACCGAGCCAUGAUGCACAUCAGACAAUGCUUCUCAUCAAGACAAUUCUUGCCAGGUGUGUGUUUUAUAGUAGGCAGGGCAGCUUUAAACCACUCAUGAGUGAUUGGGCAUACACCUGACUUAAAAUGUUUGGUAAAAAAAAUUGGUUACAAUUGCUCUUUGUUUCCAUAGGCAGAUGGUUCACUUACUUAUUUUCCCCUUUCUGUCAUUGUUUGCAUGCUAUCCUCAAUAAAAUAUGAAAACCUAUACAUGUUUUGUUGGUUAAGUUAAAACAGACGCUGUAUUUUCAUCUGUUUGAUUUGGACAAAGAUCAGAUCACAUUUGAUGGUGAUUUUAUGCAGAAAUUUUUGUAUUUCCAAAAGGUUCAGAUACUUUUUCAUAUAUACCACUGUAACAGUAGCAAGCAUUAGUAGCAUUGUAUGUUUGCUUGGGUUAUAUUUAUGUUUUUGACAUAUUUUGCUUUAAAUGGCAGCUAAUGUGUUAAUCAUUCAUAAUACUCAAGCUGUCCCGUGUUAAAAAUGUUUUCAUUCCCAACGUGACUGUGGAUUGCCGCUAGAUGGCGGUGCAACGUUAGCAAAUCGAAGUCACUCCGCUUUCUGACCCUCCUUUGGUUAUGGGUGAAACCAUGCUGUCCACAUUUAUCCAGGCUAUAAAACAGAAUGACUCCACAGCUUGAAGGAAGUCAGAAAAGUACAAUAAUUCAACGUUAUUACACAGCGAACCCCUAUAUCGUUUUAUGUCAAAGUCAGCAUAAGUUCUAAAUUAAGUGCUGAGACUAUAAUACACAAGUAAAUACUAUAUUGAGAUUAAGUACAAAGCAGGACAAGCAAAUUGAUGAUGGGAUUUGGUUUUUUGGCCUGUUGGAUCGCAAUAUGCUGGAUUAAAAUACGUUUGAAAAAAUAAAUAAAUCAAUAAAUAAAACUGAAGCGACUCUGGAGACUUUGUGCAAACAGAUUUCCAGUAGCUGUUUUCUGUGAAAAUUGUCCCUUAGAGACGAACAUUCCCUUUAUACUGUCCAUACAGAGCCCCAGAACAAAAUAAGUCUGUGAAAAGUUUAAAAAGAUGAUAGUAUGAUGGAUGUGGGGGGGUUGCAUCCCAGCAAAUAUUUUCUGUUUAUUCAGUGAUUAUAUAGUCCUUAGAUAGAGUGAUGAGUUCAUUUUAUCUCAAUUAUUUUUUAACGUUUCAACACCUUAGGUUCAUUUAGGCCCCCCCAUCCCCAGUUAUACACAAAGUAUCUAGCAGUACAGAACAAUUCACACGCACACAAUUUUUAGUUCAAUAUUGCUUGCAAGUAACUGUUUACCAUGCGUCUUUAGCUGGCCAAUAGUCUAGUCCAGUGUUUCUUAACCUUGCUAAAGGUAUUGAACCCGAUGAGUUUCACACGUGCAUUAACCGGACCCUUUGGAAUUACAAAAAUCGUUUUUUUCCAACUUCUAAAUCGAUAUAUCUAAGCUAACAAGCUAAAACCUGAGUGAAUUUCCAUUCAAAUUUAUUCUCAUUUGGACAGCAUGUUAUUAUACAGGUCAAAAUGUAUGUUUUUAUCUUUAUGCCUGAAGCAUCAUUAGACUACUAAACUGAGACUGGCCCAGUGUGCAUAUCUUAGAAUGUCUCAUUCAAAUUUGGAGGAGUAUAUCUUAUGUUGUUCAAUAUUAGACCUGCUUAGUUGCAUUAACCUUGACCAUGCAGUUUCUGUCAUGUUUACAUCUUAAAUGAUAUCAAAUUUCAUGAAACACCUUGCGCAAAACUAUCACCAAAUUUGUACACAAAGUCAUUAUGUUAAAAAAUAAAAACAUAAAUCUUCUCACUAAUCCAAUAAACAGUGUUAAUUUACAACAAAUAAUUUUGCAUUUUGAUUUGCUUUUCAUAUUGGAAAAUGAAAUUAAACGAUUUAUUUCACACUGUUCCUAUUUUUGUUUUCAUGUCGACAUUCUCAUUCUAUCGCAUCCUUGCCUCACAUAAUAUUUUCGUGUGGUAAAAUGUAAUGCAAAUUUUUUGUUUUUUUUGUUUUGUUUUUUGGCAACACAGUGCACACUACCCGUAUGUCUGUUGUACUUCCUCAUACCAAGUGAGAGACAACCUUCCAAUGAGUAAAAGUUUCUCCUCCCAUUAGAUAGAGGACUAGCAUUUGAAAGAAUUGGAAUAAAGCCUGUAAACUGGGGACUAACCAGUCCAAAACCUGGUCUGAAACAUCACUUUACCCAGAUUUAGUCAGCGCCUGAAAAUAAGACCCUGUGUCUCUUAACCCUCAAGGAACCCUAGACUGACUCACCAAACCCCUGGGGUUCGAUUGAACCCGAGUUAAGAACCACUGGUCUAGUCUCAUUACCAUGAGGUGUAAUAAACCCAAUAAAACCAUUUCCACGUAUGGAGUCGACAGUUCAUUUGCCUCUUUGCAUGGAUAUGGCGCAUGGACAAAUAUUAAAUAUCUAAAAGGAGAAGUAUGUAUGUUCUUUAUCUGGCAAUUUUUUCUUCCCAAAAAAGAGCAUUUCACCUCCUUGAAUCAUUUUUUCCUUAAAAAAACUUAAAAGGGUACAACAUGUUUUUGAGACUAUGUUGCUACUAGAGCUGAAACGAAUACUCGAGCAACUCGAGUAACUCGAGUUUAAAAACUGAUCCGAGUAAUUUUAUUCACCUCGAGUAAUCGUUUAUUUUGACAGCUCUAAGCAUCACGUUUUGCUCGGACUACUUUUAAUGCGGGACAACGCGCUGAUGUCACGUGCGUAGAGGAAGAAGGGGAAAAAAAAAAACUUACUGCAGCCGACAGCCGCUACAAACGACGCCAACGUUGCUAAAUACUAGCCUGCACGCUGCUACGUUGGUAGCAGGUAGCAUCUGAUGAGUCUCAUAGAGAUCAAAUGUAUGUUGAACUAGAUGCGAAAUGACAGACUCGGCCGCGUCUGGGCAGCGUUAGUAAACAGCCGCCAUCUUAAAGCAGUAGAGCGCUAAGCGCCAAUAAAGAGCGUUAAGCGCUAAUAAAUAAGAUUAACGUUACUGUCACUAGCUCACAUAACGUUAGCCCUGCGGAGGGCUAGGUUUCUAUUAAUUAUGACCACUGUCGAUGCGUGGCUAACGUGUCUUACAUACAGGCUUUAACAUAACAUAGCGUUGUGGAGUGAUGAGGGUGUAAAAUAAAAACUCAAAAAUGCUAACUAUCAAUUUUAGCUCAGUAGUCAUUGCUGGAUAAAACACCAAGUAGCACUGGUCCCUAAUGUGCAGCAUGUGCUCCAAUACAGCCUGUAUCAUACAUUUAUUUUGAACACUGCAAAAACUCAAAAUCCUAUCAGGACUUACAGUUUAGACUAACUUAAAACUUAACUAGA